GCUCAGCGAGCCCCUGUGCAGGGUGCAGGGCGCCGGGCGCACGGAGCCGGAGGUGGGAGCACAGGUGCGGAGGCCGCGCGCACCGCCGGCCUCCUGAAUGAUGCCAGCCCAAUGUUCCCUCGCCUCCAGCCUGGCCCUCCUGCUGCUGUUGGGCACAGUCCGAGCAGGCCCUUUCUCUCCCCCCUCCAAUAUGACACUCCCAGCCCCACGGCCCCCUCCUCAGCCAGGGGGCCGCACAGCGGAGCCAAGAGGGGGGAACCCCUCUUCUCAGCUUUAUGAGCACACCGUAGAAGGAGGGGAAAAGCAGGUGGUAUUCACCCACCGCAUUAACCUGCCCCCUUCAGCUGUCUGUGGCUGUCCCCCAGGCACUGAGCCCCCAGUCCCUGCUUCAGAGGUGCAGGCCUUGAGGGUCCGGCUAGAGAUCCUGGAGGAGUUGGUGAAGGGGCUCAAGGAACAGUGCACUGGGGGGUGUUGCCCUGCUGCUGCCCAGGCUGGCACAGGCCAGACAGACGUUCGUAGCCUCUGCAGCCGCCAUGGCGUCUUUGACUUGAACCGCUGCGCCUGCUCCUGCGAGCUUGGCUGGGGCGGGCCCACCUGCUCCGACCCUACGGACUCCCAAGUGUCCCCUUCCUCCCCACCCUCUGCUUCCGGGUCCUGCCCAGAGGACUGCAACGAUCAGGGGCGCUGUGUCCGUGGGCGCUGCGUGUGCUUCUCUGGCUACACGGGCCCCAGCUGUGGCUGGCCCUCCUGCCCCGGGGACUGCCAGGGCCACGGGCGCUGCGUGCAGGGCGUGUGCGUGUGCCGGCCGGGCUUCUCCGGCGCCGACUGCAGCCAGCGCUCCUGCCCUCGAGGCUGCAGCCAGAGGGGGCGCUGCGAAAAUGGGCGCUGCGUGUGCAACCCCGGCUACACCGGCGAGGACUGUGCGGCUCGGAGCUGCCCCCGGGGCUGCAGCCAGAAGGGGCGCUGUGAGGACGGGCGCUGCGUCUGCGACCCUGGCUACGCCGGCGAAGACUGCGGCUCGCGGACCUGCCCUUGGGACUGUGGCGAAGGUGGGCGCUGCGUGGACGGCCGCUGCGUGUGCUGGCCCGGGUACGCGGGCGAGGACUGCGGCACGCGGACGUGCCCGCGCGACUGCCGGGGCCGCGGGCGCUGCGAGGAUGGCGAAUGCAUCUGCGACGCGGGCUACAGCGGGGACGACUGCGGCGUGCGCAGCUGCCCGGGCGACUGCAACCAACGGGGCCGCUGUGAGGACGGCCGCUGCGUGUGCUGGCCCGGGUACACGGGCCCCGACUGCGGCGCGCGCGCCUGCCCGCGCGACUGCCGGGGCCGCGGGCGCUGCGAGAACGGCGUGUGCGUGUGCAACGCGGGCUACAGCGGCGAGGACUGCGGCGUGCGCAGCUGUCCUGGGGACUGUCGCGGCCGGGGUCGUUGCGAGAGCGGCCGCUGCGUGUGCUGGCCCGGGUACACGGGCCGGGACUGCAGCCUACGCGCCUGCCCUGGCGACUGUCGUGGGCGAGGGCGCUGCGUGGACGGCCGCUGCGUGUGCAACCCGGGCUUCACGGGCGAGGACUGCGGGAGCCGUCGGUGCCCCGGGGACUGCCGCGGCCGCGGCCGCUGCGAGGAUGGCGUGUGCGCGUGCGACGUGGGCUACGAGGGAGAGGACUGCGGCGCACGGAGCUGCCCCGGAGGGUGCCGAGGCCGCGGGCAGUGCCUAGACGGACGCUGUGUGUGCGACGACGGCUACUCGGGCGACGACUGCGGCUCGCGGAGGUGCCCGCAGGACUGCAGCCAGCGCGGCGUGUGCCAGGAUGGUGUGUGCACCUGCUGGGAGGGCUUCGCGGGAGAAGACUGCGGCCUCCGGACCUGCCCCUCCGACUGCCACCGGCGUGGCCGCUGUGAGGAUGGGCGCUGCGUGUGCGACUCCGGUUACACCGGCCCCUCCUGCUCCACCCGCAUCUGCCCGGACGACUGCCGGGGCCAUGGGCGCUGUGUGCAGGGAGCAUGCGUGUGCCACGCGGGCUACAGCGGCGAGGACUGUGGGCAGGAAGAGCCUCCUGCCGGUGCCUGCCCCGGGGGCUGUGGGCCCCGGGAGCUGUGCCGGGCCGGCCAGUGUGUAUGCGUGGAGGGCUUCCGAGGUCCCGACUGCGCCAUCCAGACGUGCCCCGGGGACUGCCGGGGGCGUGGAGAGUGUCGUGAGGGCAGCUGCGUCUGCCUGGAGGGCUAUGCAGGGGAGGACUGCGGGGAAGAGGUGCCAGCCAUUGAGGGCAUGAGGAUGCAUCUCCUGGAGGAGACGACGGUUCGGACAGAGUGGACCCGGGCUCCGGGCCCGGUGGACGCCUAUGAGAUUCAGUUCAUCCCCACGCCAGAGGGCGCGGGCCCGCCGUUCACUGCGCGGGUGCCCAGCUCUGCCUCGGCCUACGACCAGAGAGGACUGGCCCCCGGUCAGGAGUACCAGGUCACUGUCCGCGCCCUUCGAGGGACCAACUGGGGCCCUCCUGCCUCCAAGACCAUCACCACCAUGAUCGAUGGCCCCCAGGACCUCCGGGUGGUGGCCGUGACUCCGACCACGCUGGCGCUCAGCUGGCUACGCCCCCAGGCCGAGGUGGACCGAUUCGUGGUGUCCUACGUCAGUGCCGGCAACCAGAGGGUGCGGCUGGAAGUGCCCGCCGGAGCAGACGGGACACUGCUGACUGACCUGAUGCCAGGCGUGGAGUACGUGGUGACGGUCACCGCGGAGCGGGGCCGGGCCGUGAGCUACCCGGCUUCUGUCAGGGCCAACACAGCACCUGGCCACUACAGCUACCCGGAGGUGCGGCCCCCCGCCCCGCCCCCGCGGCCCCGGCCCCGGCCCGCCGCGCCCCCGCGCCCCCCGCGGCCCACUCGGCCGCCCCGGCCCACGGAGGAGGGGCAGAAGGAGCCCCGGCCCGGGCCCGGCCCGCCCCAGCCCUCCCGGCGGCCGUGGGGCAACCUGACGGCCGAGCUGAGCCGCUUCCGCGGCUCCGCGCAGGACCUGGAGCGCCACCUGCGGGCGCGCGGCUACCCGCUGCGGGCCAACCAGACCUACGCGUCGGCCGCGCGCCACAUCCACGACUACCUGCAGCGGCGUCGGGCGCCCGCCGGCUCCCCCGCACCGCCGGCCCGUCGCCCCCACCCCACCGCCGGCCCCGACGCCGGCCCCUGGAAGCCAGACUCCCACCUGGGCAUCUACGGCCUCUCGCCCGAAGGCGUCGACGGGGUGGCUGGGCCGCGCCACCCCAAGCCCGAGGUGCUGGGCAGUUCCGCCGACGGCUCCCUGCUCGUGUCCCUCGAUGGGCUCCGCGGCCACUUCGAGCGCGUGGUGCUGCGCUGGCAGCCGCAGCCGCCGGCGGAAGGCCCCCGCGGGGAGCUGAGUGUGCCCGGCGCCACGCGCACCGUCAGCCUGCCCCGCCUCCUGCCCGGCACCACCUACCACGUGGAGGUCCACGGGGUGCGGGCAGGGCAGACCUCCAAGUCCUACGCCUUCAUCACCACCACAGGGUCCUCCCCCUCCGGCCUCUUGGGGGCCACUGAUGAGCCUCCUCCCUCUGGCCCGUCAACAACUCAAGGAGCCCAGGCGCCGGGCCUGCAGCAGCGCCCCCAGGAGCUGGGGGAGUUGAGAGUGCUGGGCAGAGACAAGACGGGGCGCCUCCGCGUGGCCUGGAUGGCCCAGCCUGACACCUUCGCCCACUUCCAGCUGCGCCUCCGGGUGCCCGACGGGCCGGGGUCGCAUGACCAACUGCUGCCCGGGGAUGCCCGCCAGGCACUGCUGCCCGCACCCCCUCCUGGAGCCCCCUAUGAGCUGUCACUUCGUGGGGUUCCCCCUGAGGGCGAGCCCUCUGCCCCUCUCAUCUACCAAGGCAUUAUGGACAGCGACGGGGAAGAGCCCGGGCAGCCCUCGGCCCCGCCGCGCCUGGGCGAGCUGACGGCGACGGCUGUGACGGGCAGCUCCCUGCGCCUGCACUGGACGGUCCCGGAGGGCGAGUUCGACUCCUUCGUGAUCCAGUACAAAGACAGGGACCAGCCCCGGGUGGUGCCUGCGGAGGGGCCCCAGCGCUCGGCCCUCAUCACCGACUUGGAUGUGGGCCGCAAGUACAAAUUCGUCCUCUAUGGGUUUGUGGGCAAGAAGAGGCACGGCCCCCUGGUGGCUGAAGCCAAGAUGGGGCCUCGGCGCGAUCCCGGCCCAGAGGCCCCGCCCCGCCUGGGCGCGCUGAGGGUGACAGAGCCCACCCCACACUCGCUGCGCCUCUCCUGGACGGUCCCCGAGGGCCACUUCGACUCCUUCGUGGUCCAGUACCGGGACAGGGAUGGACGGCCCCAGGUGGUGCCCGUGGAAGGGCCGGAGCGCUCGGUCACUGUGGCCCCCCUGGACGCCGACCACAAGUACAGAUUCAGUCUGUUUGGCAUUGCCAACAAGAAGCGGCACGGCCCCCUCUCAGCUGAGGGCACCACUGCCCCAGAGAGGGGAGCGGAGCCCCGCCCCGAGGCCCCCGAGCAGCCGCUGCUGGGGGAGCUGACAGUGACGGGCGCCACCCCCGACUCCCUGGGCCUGUCCUGGACCGUGGCCCGGGGCCGCUUCGCCUCCUUCGUGAUCCAGUACAAGGACGCCCAGGGGCAGCCCCGCGCGGUGCCUGUCCAGGGGGAGGAGAGUGCGGUCACCAUCCCCGGCCUGGAACCCGGCCGGAAGUAUAAAAUGACCCUCUACGGCCUCCACGGCCGGCAGCGUGCGGGGCCCGUGUCUGUGGUGGCCGCCACGGCCGCCCGGGAGGUAGAGGAGGAGACCCCGAGCCCCACAGAACCCAGCACAGAGGCCCCACAGCCCCCCGAGAAGCCCCUGCUGGGGGCGCUGACGGUGACGGGGUCCUCCCCGGACUCGCUGAGCCUCUCCUGGACCGUCCCCGAGGGCCAGUUUGACCACUUCCUGGUCCAGUACAAGAACGGGGACGGGCAGCCCAAGGCGGUGCGGGUGCCGGGCCACGAGGACGGGGUCACCAUCUCGGGCCUGGAGCCGGACCACAAGUACAAGAUGCACCUGUACGGCUUCCACGACGGCCAGCGCCAGGGCCCCGCCUCUGCCACCGGGGUGACGGCUGCAGAGGAGGAGACCCCCAGCCCCACAGAACCCGGCACGGAGGCCCCAGAGCCCCCCCAGGAGCCCCUGCUGGGGGAGCUGACGGUGACGGGGUCCUCCCCGGACUCGCUGAGCCUGUCCUGGACCGUCCCCCGGGGCCACUUCGACGCCUUCACCGUCCAGUACAAGGACAGGGACGGGCGGCCCCAGGUGGUGCGUGUCGGGGGUGAGGAGAGCGAGGUCACCGUGCGGGGCCUGGAGCCGGGGCGCAAGUACAAGAUGCACCUGUACGGCCUGCACGGGGGGCGGCGCGUGGGCCCCGCGUCCACCCUGGGCCUGACCGCUCCACCCCCGGGAGCCGCUCCUGCAGCCACCGAGCCGCCCCGGGGCCCGCGCCUGGGGGAGCUGACUGUGACCGGCGUGACCCCCCGCUCUGUGGGCCUGGCGUGGACCGUCCCCGAGGGCCAGUUUGACUCCUUCGUGGUCCAGUACGAGGACAGGGACGGGCAGCUGCAGGCGGUGCCUGUGGCCGCAGCCCAGCGCGAGGUCGCCGUGCCCGGCCUGGAGCCCGCUCGCGGAUACAGGAUGCUCCUCUACGGGCUCCACGGCGGGCAGCGCCUGGGCCCGCUCUCCGUGGGAGCUGUGACGGCUCCCCUCCCGCCAGCUCCAGCCACAGAGUCCCCCCAAGAGCCGCGCCUGGGGGAGCUGACCGUGACAGAUGUGACCCCGAACUCGGUGGGCCUCUCGUGGACGGUUCCUGAGGGUGAAUUCGACUCCUUCGUGGUCCAGUACAAGGACAGGGACGGGCAGCCCCGGGCGGUGCCUGUGGCCGCAGACCAGCGCGAGGCCACCGUCGGCGGCCUGGAGCCCCACAGGAAGUACAGGUUCCUGCUCUACGGGAUCCAGGAAGGGAAACGACGCAGCCCCGUUUCUGUGGAGGCAAAGACAGCUGCCCCCGGGGACGCCAGCCCGCAGGCCCCGCCCCGCCUCGGGGAGCUGUGGGUGACAGAGCCCAGCCCGGACUCGCUGCGCCUCUCCUGGACGGUCCCCGAGGGCCACUUCGACUCCUUCGUGGUCCAGUUCAAGGACAGGGAUGGACCCCGGACGGUGCCUGUGGGGGGCCGCGAGCGCUCGGUCACCAUCACCCCCCUGGACAGCGGCCGCACGUACAGGUUUCUCCUCUAUGGCCUCCUGGGCAAGAGACGCCACGGCCCCCUCAGCGCGGACGGCGCCACAGGGGCGCAGAGCGCUGCCGGCGAUGCGGGAACAAAGCGUCCCCCCAAACCCCGACUGGGGGCGGAGCUGCAGGUGACCAGCGUGACACCGGACUCCGUGGGCCUGGCCUGGACCGUCCCCGAGGGCCAGUUUGACUCCUUCGUGAUCCAGUACAAGGACAGGGAGGGGCGGCCCCAGGUGCUGCCCGUGGGGGGCGGCCUCAGGGAGGCCACGGUCGGGGGCCUGGACGCCGCCCGCAGGUACAAGCUGCUGCUCUACGGGCUGCACCAGGGCAGGCGCGUGGGGCCCCUCUCGGCCCUCGCCGUGACAGCCCCCAGGGAGGACGUCGGAGCUGGGGCCACAGCCCCGAGCCCUCCAGAGGCGGAGCCCCAGCUCGGGGAGCUGACCGUGGCCGAGGCCACCCCGCACACCCUGCACCUGUCCUGGACGGUCACGGAGGGGCACCUGGACUCUCUUGAGGUCCAGUACACAGACCAGGAUGGGCAACUCCAAGCUGUCAGUUUAGGGGGCGACGAGAGGGCCAUCACCCUCUCGGGCCUGGAAGCCAACCACAGGUACCGGGUGAGCGUGUACGGCUUCCGUGGCCCGCGGCGCCUGGGUCCCGUCCAGGUGGAGGCCCUGACAGCCCCAAGGGACGAGGAGGAGGAACCUUCAGAACCGCCCCCCACCACCCCCGAGCCUCCCGUCAAGCCUCGCCUGGGGGCGCUGACGGUGACGGGGUCCUCCCCGGACUCGCUGAGCCUCUCCUGGACCGUCCCCGAGGGCCAGUUUGACCACUUCCUGGUCCAGUACAAGAACGGGGACGGGCAGCCCAAGGCGGUGCGGGUGCCGGGCCACGAGGACGGGGUCACCAUCUCGGGCCUGGAGCCGGACCACAAGUACAAGAUGCACCUGUACGGCUUCCACGACGGCCAGCGCCAGGGCCCCGCCUCUGCCACCGGGGUGACGGCUGCAGAGGAGGAGACCCCCAGCCCCACAGAACCCAGCACGGAGGCCCCAGAGCCCCCCCAGGAGCCCCUGCUGGGGGAGCUGACGGUGACGGGGUCCUCCCCGGACUCGCUGAGCCUGUCCUGGACCGUCCCCCGGGGCCACUUCGACGCCUUCACCGUCCAGUACAAGGACAGGGACGGGCGGCCCCAGGUGGUGCGUGUCGGGGGUGAGGAGAGCGAGGUCACCGUGCGGGGCCUGGAGCCGGGGCGCAAGUACAAGAUGCACCUGUACGGCCUGCACGGGGGGCGGCGCGUGGGCCCCGCGUCCACCCUGGGCCUGACCGCUCGUCCAGCUCCCGACUACGAAGCUGUGACCACCCAAGUCCCGCCCGCCACGACCCCCGAGCCCCCCGUCAAGCCUCGCCUGGGGGCGCUGACGGUGACGGGGUCCUCCCCGGACUCGCUGAGCCUCUCCUGGACCGUCCCCGAGGGCCAGUUUGACCACUUCCUGGUCCAGUACAAGAACGGGGACGGGCAGCCCAAGGCGGUGCGGGUGCCGGGCCACGAGGACGGGGUCACCAUCUCGGGCCUGGAGCCGGACCACAAGUACAAGAUGCACCUGUACGGCUUCCACGACGGCCAGCGCCAGGGCCCCGCCUCUGCCACCGGGGUGACGGCUGCAGAGGAGGAGACCCCCAGCCCCACAGAGCCCAGCACGGAGGCCCCAGAGCCCCCCCAGGAGCCCCUGCUGGGGGAGCUGACGGUGACGGGGUCCUCCCCGGACUCGCUGAGCCUGUCCUGGACCGUCCCCCGGGGCCACUUCGACGCCUUCACCGUCCAGUACAAGGACAGGGACGGGCGGCCCCAGGUGGUGCGUGUCGGGGGUGAGGAGAGCGAGGUCACCGUGCGGGGCCUGGAGCCGGGGCGCAAGUACAAGAUGCACCUGUACGGCCUGCACGGGGGGCGGCGCGUGGGCCCCGCGUCCACCCUGGGCCUCACCGCCCCCGAAGCUGAGCCCCCUGUCGGGCCCCCCGUCAAGCCUCGCCUGGGGGCGCUGACGGUGACGGGGUCCUCCCCGGACUCGCUGAGCCUCUCCUGGACCGUCCCCGAGGGCCAGUUUGACCACUUCCUGGUCCAGUACAAGAACGGGGACGGGCAGCCCAAGGCGGUGCGGGUGCCGGGCCACGAGGACGGGGUCACCAUCUCGGGCCUGGAGCCGGACCACAAGUACAAGAUGCACCUGUACGGCUUCCACGACGGCCAGCGCCAGGGCCCCGCCUCUGCCACCGGGGUGACGGCUGCAGAGGAGGAGACCCCCAGCCCCACAGAACCCAGCACGGAGGCCCCAGAGCCCCCCCAGGAGCCCCUGCUGGGGGAGCUGACGGUGACGGGGUCCUCCCCGGACUCGCUGAGCCUGUCCUGGACCGUCCCCCGGGGCCACUUCGACGCCUUCACCGUCCAGUACAAGGACAGGGACGGGCGGCCCCAGGUGGUGCGUGUCGGGGGUGAGGAGAGCGAGGUCACCGUGCGGGGCCUGGAGCCGGGGCGCAAGUACAAGAUGCACCUGUACGGCCUGCACGGGGGGCGGCGCGUGGGCCCCGCGUCCACCCUGGGCCUCACCGCCCCCGAAGCUGAGCCCCCUGUCGGGCCCCCCGUCAAGCCUCGCCUGGGGGCGCUGACGGUGACGGGGUCCUCCCCGGACUCGCUGAGCCUCUCCUGGACCGUCCCCGAGGGCCAGUUUGACCACUUCCUGGUCCAGUACAAGAACGGGGACGGGCAGCCCAAGGCGGUGCGGGUGCCGGGCCACGAGGACGGGGUCACCAUCUCGGGCCUGGAGCCGGACCACAAGUACAAGAUGCACCUGUACGGCUUCCACGACGGCCAGCGCCAGGGCCCCGCCUCUGCCACCGGGGUGACGGCUGCAGAGGAGGAGACCCCCAGCCCCACAGAGCCCAGCACGGAGGCCCCAGAGCCCCCCCAGGAGCCCCUGCUGGGGGAGCUGACGGUGACGGGGUCCUCCCCGGACUCGCUGAGCCUGUCCUGGACCGUCCCCCGGGGCCACUUCGACGCCUUCACCGUCCAGUACAAGGACAGGGACGGGCGGCCCCAGGUGGUGCGUGUCGGGGGUGAGGAGAGCGAGGUCACCGUGCGGGGCCUGGAGCCGGGGCGCAAGUACAAGAUGCACCUGUACGGCCUGCACGGGGGGCGGCGCGUGGGCCCCGCGUCCACCCUGGGCCUCACCGCCGCCCUGCCCUCGGAGCCCCCGGUGGCACCCCGCCUGGAGGGGCUGGCUGUGGCCGCCGUGACCUCGGACUCGGUGCACCUGUCCUGGACGGCGGCCCAGGGCCCUUUCGACUCCUUCCUGGUCCAGUACAGGGACGCGCAGGGGCAGCCCCAGGCAGUGCCCGUGGGCGGAGACCUCCGGGAGGUCACCGUCUCGGGCCUGGCCCCGGCCCGCAAGUACAAGUUCCUCCUCUUCGGAGUGCAGGAUGAGAAAAGGCACGGCCCACUCUCUGCGGACGCUAAGACCCUUCCAGACACAGAACCGCCGCGCCUGGGGCAGCUGACCGUGACAGGUGUGACGCCCGACUCCGUGGGCCUCUCGUGGACGGUCCCCCAGGGCACAUUCGACUCCUUCGUGGUCCAGUACAAGGACGGGGACGGGCAGCCCCGGGCGGUGCCUGUGGCCGCAGACCAGCGCGAGGCCACCGUCGGCGGCCUGGAGCCCCACAGGAAGUACAGGUUCCUGCUCUACGGGCUGGCAGGCGGGAAGCAGCUGGGCCCCGUCUCUGCUGAGGGCACCACAGCCCCGGAAGAGGACACACCCGCCCCCUGGCAAGCUGCCACAGCGGCCCCCGAGACCCCUGGAGGGCCCCGCCUGGGGGAGCUGGCCGUGACCGACAGCACCCCGGACUCCCUGCGCCUCGCAUGGACGGUGGCCCGGGGCCCCUUCGACUCCUUCGUGGUGCAGUAUUGGGACGCCGACAGGCAGCCCCAGGCCUUGCUCGUGGGUGGGGACCAGGACGAGGUGCGCGUGUCAGGCCUGGAGGCCAGCACCCCCUACAAGUUCUUCCUCUACGGCCUCCACCAAGGGAAGCGCCUGGGGCCCGUCUCCGCGGAGGGCACCACAGGGUCGGCUCCUGCCGGGCGGACGCCGGGGGAGCCAGGGCCCCGGCUGUCCCAGCUGUCCGUGACGGACGUGACCACCAGCUCCAUGCGGCUCAGCUGGGAGGCCCCCCCUGGGGCCUUCGACUCCUUCCUGCUCCGCUACGGGGUCCCAGCGGCCAGCACGCUGGAGCCGCACCCGCGUCCCCUGCUGCAGCGGGAGGUGACCGUGCCGGGGACGCGGCUCUCGGCCGUGCUCCGGGACCUGCGCCCCGGGACGCUGUACAGCCUCACGCUGUACGGGCUGCGCGGGCCCCACCAGGCCGACAGCGUGCAGGGCACUGCCCGGACCCUCAGCCCAGUUCUGGAGAGCCCCCGGGACCUACAGUUCAGCGAAAUUGGGGAGACCUCCGUCAAGGUCAGCUGGACGCCCCCACCAUCCAGAGCCGACAGCUUCAAAGUGUCCUACCAGCUGGUGGACGGAGGGGAGCCCCGGAGCGUGCAGGUGGGCGGCGGAGCCCGGACCCAGCAGCUCGGGGGGCUGGUCCCAGGCGCUCACUAUGAGGUGACCGUGGUGUCCGUCCGAGGCUUCGAGGAGAGCGAGCCGCUUACCGGCUUCCUCACCACGGUUCCAGACGGCCCCACCCAGCUGCGUGCGCUGAACUUGACGGAGGGAACCGCCCAGCUGCACUGGAAGCCGCCCCAGGCUCCGGUGGACACCUACGCGGUCAGGGUCACAGCCCCCGGCGCCCCCCCUCUACAGGCCUCGGCCCCGGGCAGCGCUGUGGACUACCCCCUGCAGGGCCUGGAGCUCCACACCAACUACACAGCCACCGUGCAUGGCCUUCGGGGCCCCAACCUCACGUCUGCAGCCAGCAUCACCUUCACCACAGGUUUGGAGGGCCCCCGGGACUUGGAGGCCAAAGAAGUGACCCCCCGCACGGCCCUGCUUACUUGGACUGAGCCCCAAGUCCUGCCCACUGGCUACCUGCUCACCUACGACACCCCUGAUGGACAGACCCAGGAGAUCCUGCUCCCAGGAAGCGCCACCUCUCACCAGCUCCUGGGCCUCUUUCCCGCCACCACCUACAGAGCCUGGCUCCGGGCCGUGUGGGGCGAGGGCCUCACGCCGCCCAUGUCCACCUCCUUCACCACCGGUGGACUGCAGGUCCCCUUCCCCCGGGACUGUGGGGAGGAGAUGCAGAACGGGGCGGGCACCUCCAGAACCACCACCAUCUUCCUCAAUGGAGACCGAGCGCGCCCGCUGGACGUGUUUUGUGACAUGGAGACGGACGGGGGCGGCUGGCUGGUGUUCCAGCGCCGCAUGGACGGACGCACGGACUUCUGGAGGGACUGGGAGGACUACGCCCAUGGUUUUGGGAACAUCUCCGGGGAGUUCUGGCUGGGCAACGAGGCCCUGCACAGCCUGACGAGCGCCGGGGACUACUCCAUGCGUGUGGACCUGCGGGCCGGGGGCGAGGUGGCGUUUGCCCAGUACGACUCCUUCCGGGUAAACUCAGCUGCUGACUACUACCGCCUCCACCUGGAGGGCUACCACGGCACGGCAGGGGACUCCAUGAGCUACCACAGUGGCAGUGUCUUCUCUGCCCGAGACCGAGACCCCAACAACUUGCUCAUCUCCUGCGCCGUCUCCUACCGAGGGGCCUGGUGGUACAGGAACUGCCACUAUGCCAACCUCAACGGGCUCUACGGGAGCACAGUGGACCACCAGGGAGUGAGCUGGUACCACUGGAAGGGCUUCGAGUUCUCCGUGCCCUUCACGGAGAUGAAGCUGAGACCCAGAGGCUACCGGGCGCCCGCCGGGGGAGGCUGAGCAGCUCCCUCUCCGCAGCCAGGCGUGCCCGCCGAGCACUGAGGGGCCGCGAGGAGAGCCAGGGCCCGCCACCGCCCGCCCCAGAGGAGGCUUCCUCCACCGCGCUCUCACAGCACUUUGUUUACAGGGGGGUGGGGGUGUACAGAAGCAAUAAAAGGAGAAACUGAGGCACGA